AUGUCUGAGAAACACGAUAUCCCCGACAAUGCGUCUCUGACGCCAUCACAAGCAGCGGGCAAGUCAUUCGCCACCCAUCACCCCCGCGGAGACGAACAGCUGGAGAAACGAUACAGUCCUUUAUCUGUCCUUGCGUUUGCAUUCACAACCACCAAUUCCUGGAUGGCCUUUGCCUCAGGUAUUGCAGUGCCGCUCGCCUGCGGUGGAGGACCAUCGAUUAUAUACGGCCUUAUCGCUGGAGGGAUUGUCAUGGCCACCAUCAACGUUGGCUUUGCAGAACUAGCAUCUGCAUUCCCGUCUGCCGGUGGCCAGUACCAUAUUGUCUUCAUGUCGUUCCCAGCUUCAACGCGUCGCGUCGCCGCGUUCUACACCGGUUGGAUCUCAAUUAUCUACCUCAUGGCUGCGACAGCAUCAUGCAAUUUCUUCGCCGCCAGUUCCAUUCUGGACCUUGCUCAGCUGUGGAACUCGUCGUAUACUAUUGAGGCGUGGCAUACAUACCUUAUGCACAUUCUGUUGUGCAUCAUUGCAUUUGCUGCCACGUCGCGAUUCCCUGCUGCAAUUGGUCGUUUGACUACGACUAUCUUCUGGCUGUCGUUGGUUGGCUUCAUUGCUUCCAUGGUUACCCUUCUUGCGGUCAGUGAUCGCAAGCAAUCUGCUGCUACAGUAUUCAAGGAGUACAAGAACGUCAGUGGAUGGGGAGAUGGUUGGGCGAUGAUUACUUCGAUCACCUCAUGCCUAUGGGCAUAUUCCGGUGUGGACGGACCGACGCAUUUGUCGGAAGAAGUACCCAACCCCAGUCGAAAUGUCCCUCGGGCCAUCUUCUUGACGAUUGGUCUCGGUAUCACGACAGUCAUUGCUUGGACAGUCGCCCUCAUGUUCUCUAUCAAGGACGUCGACGCCGUUAUUGCGUCCACAGUACCCAUCCUCGAGGUUUACAGCCAGGCACUAAACAACAGAGUUGCGACGACAAUUUGGUCGGUCUACUACAUCAUCAUGUUCUACGACAUUGUCCUGAACCUCUUCAUAUUUUCUGGUCGAACUAUAUGGUCCUUCUCACGUGAUGGAGGAGUCCCUUUCUCUAGCUUCUUGAGUCACCUGAACUGGGCCAGCCCCGUCCGAGCCACCGCUGUAAUGCUGGGUCUACAAGUCAUUAUUGGUGUCUUGUACGUUGCCUCAAGCACCGCAUAUAACAGUUUCAUUGGCCUCACUCUUUUUGCUCUCAACAUCACAGUCACCUUGCCUCAAGCUGCGUUGCUCGUUCGCGGUCGCGGUUGCCUUCCUGAGCGAGCCUUUUCUCUUGGGAAGGCGGGUUACGUUGUCAAUGCAGCGGCAACGCUAUUUGUGAUGCUUUUCUCUAUCAGUUUCUGCUUUCCUUCGUUUAUGCCGGUUGAGGCAUCUUCCAUGAACUAUUUAAUCGUUGUCAUGGCGGUUGGACUAUUGUUUACGACGGGGCUCUGGUUCGGUGGAAUGCGCAAGACGUUCACUGGGCCACAGAUUAGUUUGGAGGGCGAGUAUCACUGA